AUGAGCGCCGUGCAUUGCCUCAUCGAUGACGAGGGUCACUACAUCAAGGCUCAUACAAUCCUCGCAACUGGUGAUGCAGCAGUGGUUGUCCAGCGAGGCGACGUGGCAAUCAAAAUGGCGAUUGUGUAUAAGAAUUACACGCUGGAGAUGGUGGAAGGAAAUCGCCACAGGAUUCGACGGGAGCAAGAGGUCUGGCGGCGCAUUCAGCCCAACUUCGAUACCCCAGUGGAAGGUAUCGUCCGUUGUCUCGAUCUUCCUGGGGACACCAUCGAGCUGAGGUACAUGCCCGGAGGUACACUUUCAAAGUGGCUGAAGCACCGAGCGCGGCCCAGCAUAGAGCUUCAGAAGCGUUGGUUCCGCCAGCUUACCAUCGGUCUCCACAAUCUUCAUCAACGUCGUAUCAUCCACAGUGAUAUCCUCAGCCGCAACAUUCUGCUAGAUGGUUCCUUGAACGUCGUGAUUGCUGAUCUCGGUGCCUCGACUAUUAUGCCCAUCGACACUGUUAUGGCGGAUGCAGUGGAUGAUUACAAUUGCUCCAUCUGGACGGAUCUUUGUCAACUAGGCCUCGUGUUCUAUGAGAUCGCCACUGGGAUACAAACCGGUAUCAGCCUAUAUAAUAGCAGUGACAGUAGCAAUUCGGUCGCUGCCUUUCCAUCUGGGGAUAUGCUCCCUUCCCUAGGCAAACGAAUCUGGGCCCGAGAUAUUAUCGAGACCUGCUGGAGGGAGGGCGGAUACGGGGCUGCAGGUGCGGCGGGGAUUCUGGCGAAGCUGGAUAAAAUGCAAGGCCUGCGCCGACGAUGA